AUGGUAUUGGCUAGCGGUCACUGGUUGGACAAAGAGAGGAAAGGAGAGGUCCCAAGUCCCAGAUAUGGCCACGCUUCAGCUUUGACAGGGAACAUAAUCUUUCUCUUUAGAGGAGCCUCCAACAUCAACCAAGAGGACAACCCUGUUUACUUUGAUGACUUCUACAUGCUAAAAGGUACUGUAUUUUCUGAGACCAAGUCGUUUGGGCGUGGAUUUGUUCUGGUUGGUGACCAGGUUUUCAUGUUUGGAGGUCAUGGAGCCAGUGGAGAAUUCUGUAAGGAUCUUCCUGUUCUUAAUAUUGAAAAAUUGGUAUGGCAGAAAUGGGAGUCAAAGGUAAUUGAGUUUCCUGCAGCUUGCAGUGGACAUAAAUUGACUACACACCAUGACAAAGAUAUUUACCUGUUUGGUGGCAAAAGCAUAAAUGAUGACCAUAGAGUGAUGUCAUCCAAUGAUAUUCACAAAUUCAGUAUUGCUAAAAUGAAGUGGAAGGUCCCUUUGUAUGUUGCCAUUCCUCCAGCCCGACGAAAUGGACACACUCCCUUCAUCGUUCACAGCCAUUUGUACAUAUUUGGAGGAAAGAAUGAAGAGCAGGAGUUUAAUGACCUGAGGGUGAUGAAACUCAACCCCUCAGAGAGGCAACCAGUCGUGAAGGAGAUUCUCUCUGAGUUUGGUCUUCAAGGAUUCAGUCACAGGUUUUCACGCCCACAUAAAUUCCCAAAUGUUCGCUAUGAGCUGAGUGAAUCUGCUACAAUAUUUGUCCACAGAGACUUCAGUGCAGUGCGAAAUAAGGCCAUGUCAAUGAUCCAGACAGCAUUCAUUCGACUGAACCAGGAAUUCCAGGGGCUGGAUCAUGGGGGCCAAGCCAGCGAGCCCAUCCCGCGGGUGACCCAGCCAGGGGGACACCACCCACUACCCAGGACACGGGGCGGUACCCCAGCCCAACUGAAGUGCCCCGACCAGUCCCAAAGGGAGGGUCAUGGGUACCGGACCACCGGCCCCCACGCACAAUCCCCCCGACCCAGCACGCCCCAUCACCACCACCGCCCUCAACACCUCCGGAGAGCAUGGGGGCCCCAGCCACCAACAGGGCCCAAGGCAGGAGCCAGCUGCCACCUGAAAAAGCUGGCAAACCACAGAGAAAAGAGGGACUGCCCCCCCACCACCACCACCGACCCCCAGAACAGGCCAGAACAGGGCACCAAAGGCGGGCCUGUCCAAGGAACUGCAGGAGAUGGUUGCAGACAUUGCUCUCAAAAUGAGGCAUGGCUUCGAGCCAGAGCUGAGGAGAAUGACCGAGAAAGGAGGGAGCUCUGUAGACUGAGGGAGGAGAUGCUCCAAGAAAAAGAGCGACUGAAGGAGGAGCACAGCAGCAUCCAGAAACGUAGCCAACAUCUGCUGUCUAUUAUGCGCGGUUUAAAGGGAUGUAAACAGAUAGACAGUUGA